AUGAGUAAAACAAUUGCUAAUGAUAGCAAUUCAACAGUGGAUGUUUAUGUGAAAUCAGAAAAUACACUUGAUAGCAGCGAUCAGUAUGAGUUAAUAAAUACUGCAAAGCAACAAGGUAGUCAAAGUAUGACACCUGAUAUUGGUACGAAUGCGUCGUAUUCAUUCGAUUCCAAUACACAUACAAACAAUGACGGUAAAAUAAUUAACAAUAAUGAAACACCCUCACCAACAAUCUCUGCUGUAGUUGAUAUACCGUUUAACACACGAAGACAAUCAACUAAAAAUGAUGAUUGUAGUGCUCUUUCGGAAACUACAACUUCCGUAGAAUCUAAACCAUCUAUUGUCAAUACUUUUGUGAAAUCAGUUCAUUUAUUGGCAAUAGCAAAUGCUCGACAUAGUCAACAAGUGACAGACGAUUAUAGCGAUCUUGAUAAAUGCUUUCCACAACGAGAAGCAACGAUAAUGGUGGUUACAUGGAAUACCGGUGAAGCAAAAAAUUUAUAUGAACAAAAUUCACCGAAGAAAACCGGUUUAACCAAAGAACAAAUGAUCGAAGAUAUGUCCGAUAUUAUUUUACCAACAUGGAUCGAUUAUGUAGCAGAUAUAAUUGUAAUUUGUACACAAGAAAUGUCUGCAUCAAAGAAUAGAGUAGAUUGGGAAAUUUUAUUACAAGAAGUUAUUGGUCCAUCACACGUUUUAUUUCAUUCUGUUCAUUUUGGAACAUUGUCACUGUGUAUAUUUUUACGACGUGAUCUUAUAUGGUUUUGUUCCGAACCUGAACAAGAUGUCUACAAAUUUCGUACAAUUGGUCCGGUAAGAACAAAAGCAUCACUUGCCAUUACAUUUAAUUUAUUUGGAACAUCAUUUAUGAUUAUUAAUUCACAUUUUGAAGCUGGCGACGAUAAAGAUGGACGAGCUAAUCGAAAAUUAAAUUUUUUAAAUACAAAAGCAAAAUUAACUAUACCGCAUGUAUACAUCAAACGUAUUGAAAAAACUUCAAAUUUGAAUAGUUCAGUAAAAACUUCAUCCACAUCAUCGUUAAAUACUCUAGCAACAAGUGUCGAUGUGACAAGAUUUUCGGAUUAUGUCUUAUGGGCUGGUGACAUGAACUUUAGAAUAGAAGAACAUCCACAAACAGUUAUUAAUCUAAUAAAACAAAAUCAAUACAAGGAUUUACUAUUGAAAGAUGAAUUCAAAGUUGCUCAAAAUGAUUGUUACAAAGAUUUUUUGGAAGGUGAUAUUUGUUUUGAUCCAACAUAUAAAUAUGAUUUAAGCAAUAGUGAUAAUUAUGCAAAACAUCGAACACCAUCAUAUACGGAUCGUAUUUUAUAUCGAUGUAAACAGGACGAACAAAUUGAAUGUACACAUUAUAAAUCUGUCUUUCAAGUUAAACAUUCUGAUCAUAAGCCUGUUGUUGCCCAUUUCAGAGUGAAAGUGAAACCGGGUCUAGGAAAAGGAAAUUUAGCCUUUGGAAAAUUCAAUCGUCACGUGUAUAAACGAGGAUAUGAACAGCGUGAACUUCAUCAUACACUUGGCAUUGGUGUUAGAGAUCGACAUAAAAAAAAAGUGUCUAUGCCAAAAAGUUCUGUGUGUAUUUUACAAUAA